AUGACGCUCGGCCAUGCCGACCACCCCAAGCACUUGGCCAAUCUAGGCUGCCAUGUUCUGGAGUGGGGUAGCUUUCACAAACAUCUUGGUGAUAUUUUGAUGCACAGGUUCAUGAUGUUCCUGACCCGUCCCGACCUUGGUCGGGGUGCAGAUACCGAGCUUGACCUUGCGAUCGAAGCUCAAGAGGUUGCCCUCCAGUUUAUACCCUCAGGGAAUCCCAACCGAGCUAUGCUGUUGGCCAAAACUUCGGCGACACUGUCCGCCAGGUUUGAGAUCACCAAUGAUCCUGCUGACCUGCAGAAAUUGCUUGAUUGUCUGCAAAAAGGAGUAAACUGCCAUCAUAACGAGCCCAGGGUACGAAUCAAUAUGGCUAAAGCCCUUGGUGUAAAGCUUAUUGAAUCCUCCAACUAUGUUGAGGCAUCUCAAGUGCUAGAACAAGCGGUCCGCUUGUUGCCUAUGGCUUGUUCAAGAUCCUCUAGCAGCGAUGACAAGCAAGAAUUUCUCAAAUCAUGCUAUGGUCUAGCCUCAAUGUCCGCUGGAACCUUAUUAAGUGCCGGGAAAAGCCCUUCUUAUGCUUUAGAAAUCCUAGAAGCUGGUCGCGGUGUUGUGGCAGGCCUUUUUUUGGAUACGCGGACGGAUCUUCAUGAGCUCAAACGGAAACACCCUGAGCUGGCAUCAAAGUUUGAACUGCUCGGAGAACAGCUCAAUUCUGAUCCGGACUUGGAUAAAACCCCUUUUGAAGCUCGUACCAAUGUUCAUAUUGGUCAAUCGACAACAACCCACAUGAAUCGUAGAAUCAUUCUGCAGCAUGAUUUCGACGAGCUUGUUGCAACAAUUCGCGGGCAACCUGGAUUGUCAGACUUCCUCUUGCCUGCGAGCACGACGGAGAUGAUGAAAGCGGCAAGCCAUGGACCUAUCGCGGUUAUCAACGUCAGUCUUCAUCGGUGUGAUGCUAUCAUCAUUGAGAGACAGCAAAUCGGCUCUAUCCCACUACCUCAUAUGCACUAUGUACAGGUCGAUGACCUAGCCCAGAAACUCAGGGAUCUUCCUUUUGAAUCUCAUUCUUCGAAGUUCCUGCUACCUUUGCUUGAGUGGCUUUGGGCUGUUGCCGCUCAUCCUAUCCUGGAAUACCUUGGAAUAUCGCACCCUCCAAAAGAUGAUAACUGGCCCCAUAUCUGGUGGAUUCCUACCGGGGCAUUGACGCAUUUGCCCAUCCAUGCCGCAGGAAUCCAUGGCAAGAAAUCCCAUGAGACAGUAAUGGACCGAGCAAUAUCAUCUUAUGCAUCGUCAGUCAAAUCUCUGAUCCAUAGCCGCCAGGGGACAAUUCAAAAUGAUGUUCCAGAAAUACAACACGCACUGCUUGUUUCGAUGUUGAAUACUCCUAAUCAAGACCCCCUCCCAUUCGCGGUUGACGAGAUCAAAGCCAUCAAACCUCUCAUCCACACGAUUGGCCUAACACCCGCACAUUGCAAAGAACAAGAAUCCACGAAUGAAAUGCUAGAAUUGAUGAAGAGCAGCAAAAUCUUGCACUUUGCUGGCCAUGGGAUGUCACAUGCGUCUAAUCCCUCAAAAAGUUGUUUAUUGACAAUUGAUUGGGAGUCUAAUCCUUUGACGGUAGAAAGACUCCGGCAAGAGAGUCUACAAGAUGCUUCUCCAUUUCUUGCUUAUCUCUCUUCUUGCUCAACUGGUGCAGUCAGGAUCCAUAAUAUGGCAGACGAAUCAAUACAUCUCAUCAAUUCCUGCCAGCUUGCAGGAUUUCGUCAUGUCAUCGGAGCAUUGUGGGAGGUCUCAGAUCCUCAUUGCGUGAAAGUGGCCAAGGUUGUCUAUGAAGUCUUGAAGGAAGAAGGUUUAAAUGAUGAAACUGUGGCCAAGGGGCUGCAUAGAGCCACUCGGAAUAUUCGUGACAGCUGUCUGGAUGUGACUUUGAGAGAAUGUUCGUUUUCAAGGGAAGACUACAAUGAUGAAAUCAAGAAAAGCCUAAAGGAGCAACUGGAGAACUUGGAACGGGAUUUCGAAGCAUUUGGAAUCUUCAACAGAGAGUCAUCUGUUGUCAAACAACGAGAUGCAGUGCUAAUUGAAACCCCUCCUCACAGGGAGAAACAAACUGACUCGUUUCUUUGGGUUCCGUAUAUUUAUUACGGGGCGUAA